UGCCCAGCCCCUCGCCCCUCCCCCGAUGCAGAAAGCAAACACUCUGGCUGGGGGGGUACCAGCCUCUGCUGGAGCCCCGAGGGGGCCCCAUAACAUCCCAGCUCAGUCCCUGUAUUCGAGAGCUGCGCCAGGAGGGGCCGCGCCCACGCCUGCUGGGCCCUCUCCCCCUGACGGCGUGCGCCACCCCCACGGCACGCCCGGGGCACCGAGGCAGCAAGAGUUAGAGCCCAGGGGCUGAGUGUGGGACACAGGGCACCGGGCUGCAGGGAACAGGGGGGUUAACGGGGUACUCUCCCCAGCAAUCGGUGCUGGCCCCAGAGCAGUGCUAGGGGGCCUGAGUCGCUGGAGGUGCUGAAUUUCACACCGCACCGUCUCCGUGCGCUAGUGAUGCCUUCCCAAGGGGCAGAGUCCCGCCAGGGUAGGGCUGAGGGGUGCUGGGAGGGUGCUAGGAACCUGUUUCUGCCCCGAGGAGAGCUAGAGGCUUUCACUGUCCAUGGGUGCAAUCCGCUCGGGCUCCCUGGGAUGGGGUCCCCCGGGGCUGGAGCCGGCAGUGGGGGUGGGGCGGGGUUUUCCCAGCCCUGUCUCCCAGGCUGGGAUCUGCAGCCAGCAGCCUGGGCCCCAGCCGGGGAAACAUGCUCCAUUCCCUGCUUUCUCCUUCCCUCCCGCUGCAGCCCUGCUAGGUCUGCCGGCCCGUGCUCCCCGGUGGCCCAGUGGGACGGGUCCUGCCGAGGAAUGGAGCCCAUGGGCCAGGCCUGGGCACUUACCACCCGCGGCUGCUGGAGGGAGCCGGCCCCCGCACUGUGAUGGCGACCGUGCCUCCGCCUGGCCUGAUGUUCAAGCUCAUCCUGCUGGGGGACUUUGGGGUGGGGAAGACCACCCUGUUCCACCGCAUCCGGGCGGGGCGCUUCCUGCCGGGGCCCCACGCCCCCAACGAGCACCUGGCCAUCUGCAAGAAGACCGUGCAGCUCAGCCACCCCCAGGCUCCCGGCUCGGCGCAGAUCUCCCUGUGGGACACGGCCGGUGAAGAAAGGUUCCUCUCCCUGAGCAGCUGCUACUACCGGGACACGGACGCCGUGCUGCUGCUGUACAGCGCCCAGAGCCAGCUCUCCUUCGACAGCCUCCCGCACUGGGUCUACGUGGCCCGGCAGUACUGCCCGGACGCCCCCAUUUUCCUGCUGGGGAACAAGACUGACCUGGAGCCGCGCCUGCCGGAGGACAAGGCUGAGAAGUUUUCCGUGGAGCACAGAAUAGCCGGCAGGUUUAACGUGUCGGCCAAGACAGGAGAGAACGUGGACAGGUGCGUGCAGGAGGUGGUGCAGCUGCUCGUCCUCAAGAGUGACGCUGGGAGCAGCAGGCUCACCGUGUCGCUGCAGGAGGCCGACUCCUCCAGCCCCUGUGCAUGCUGAGAGCCCUGGGGAUGCCUGGCAAACCCGCUCUGUGCUUCAGGAGCCUGCUGGGGUCCCAGUCUGAGCCCCGAAAGCCACUGUGCCACCACCAGCCACUGCUCCUGCCGGGCAUGGAGCCACCCCUGGAGAGACCCUCCUGCCCUGUUAUCAGAACGUGCUGCCGGAUACUCCCUGCCGUGGGUGGGGAAGCACCUCGUGCCAUCCGGGCACCUUUGUUCUCUGGAAAGGGAGGCCGGACCCCAGGGCCUGGGCUGAGCCCCACGUCUCUCCCCGCGUCUGCGGUUUGUCCUCUCGCUGCUCACCAGCCUGUAGGGGAGGAGAGCGCCCCGCAGGGCCAGCACGUGGGCUGCCCCUGGUCGCGGGGAGACCCACGCGCACACACUAGGUCCAGCAGGAAGCCGGGUCAGUGGUUAUGGGGGCUGUUCUGCCCUCUGGGCCGGCAGCAAAUGAAUGCCCCCACCCAGUGCUGGAGGGCGCUCUGGGUCCUGUUUGAGAGAGGGUGUGAAAAGCAGCCCCGGCUCCCUAGCGCUCGUUGCAAAUCCCCUUGUUCUCCGUGCAGGAUGGAGGGGUAUGUGACGCUCUGUACCUCGGGGGAACACCCAGCACCCCCAUGUUCAUCCUUGUACAAUGAUUGUG